GGGAUGCUUCUACUUAGGGCGUCGUUAGACACUCCUUGGGGAAGCAAAAUCCACAAGGAAGUGCUCGUUCCACCUAUCCUCGGGGAUGAUUCUCGAAAAAAAAUGUGAAAACACCACAAGGACAUUUCCUUGUGGAGUCCUUGUGGCCACAGCCAAUUCUUCCUUAGCCCCAAGGGACCUCCCGAGGUCCCUCGGAGCACAAGGAAGCGUGAAUUCCGGAGCGCAAGGCCGCGACACGCGGACAGAGAAGGUCACUGUCGUCGAUGUGGUCGAUCCGUCGGAUGUGGUCACUGACGCCCUGCGAGUGCAAGGCCGCGACACGCGGACAGAGAAGGUCACUGUCGUCGAUGUGGUCGAUCCGUCGGAUGACGAACCGUUGGAGAAACGUCGCCUGCGCACGGCGGCUGCAAGCACCCCGGGCACGCCGACUCUGCCACGUCAGCCUCCCCCGGACGAUGAAGGAGGGUCCGCCCAACGUGUCGCCGCUCGUGCAGUCGUCGACGCCCGGGGUGCAGCGGGGGCGGAGGCAGCAGGUGUUGCUGGGGGGGCCACGCCUGGCGAGAAGAAUCCUGGUCGGGAGGGUGAUGAACCCUCUUCAAGUCGUCAUCGUCGGGGAGUGAUGACGAAGGAUCUUUUGGAGUGUGCCCUGCUGUGGGUUGACGACAUAGCCUUCUGGACGACGGGGGAGGGGAGAAGACCGUACAACAUCGUCCAUGAAACUCGCGAGUAUUUCGUGGCCAUCGCCAGCGGGCUACAAGCGCCUACCGUCCCUCGGAGCGUCGUCAUGCCGAAAUCAAGCGCGAAGGUGGCGAGGAUCUCCGACCAGUCACAACUGCAGCAAGCCACGAAACGCGCGACGACUUUGGAGAACGUUGUUAUGCGCAUCUUGCACGGCUGGGUGUUCAAGUCCGGAAACCGCCCGAGGGGUUACCAUCUCGCCUUCCAGUACACGUUGGAAUCCUUCGCCACGGACCUUGUGCGUGUUAUGUGGUGCGGUGAGGAGUGGAGUAACGCCGUCAGCGUCGCGGUUUGCGUGCACACGAUAGACCUGGGCAUGGACUUGCCGCUGUGGUUCGUCGGUGCGAGCGUUGAUGAUAAGCCUGACGACGACGACAUGGCGGCGUACCAGGAGUCCACUAUGAUAUGCAUCGCGCAUGCAUUCCGCGCGGCCAUCCAGAUGGGUGCUACCAUCGACGGAGGUUUCAUCUCGUACGAGCGUCUUUGUCGGGUGGCCGAUUGUUCCAGGCUGCUGCUGGCGGCGAGCAUGUGGUUGAUGCGCAUGGUGGGAGACGAUCAGCGCAGCCACUACGAAGCUUUCUACUUUGCAAAGCUGGUGGCUAAGCCCACGCUCGUCGUGUCCAUGCAUCGCGCCUUCGAGCAUCGCAAGAAGGUCCUCCGCGCCAUGAACGUCGUGACGGAAAGGCUCGGGAAGGCGAACGCCACCCUCGGCGAGUAUCCGAAGUACAUCCCAGAUUGAGCGGACUGCGGCAUCAGUUUUGGCCACGACGCCACCACAACA